GUCAGCUGAUGCGUUGCUGAGUGCAAUUUUUUCUUCGGACCGAUUGAAUUAAACGUGGCUGGGUAGGAUUGAAUAUUAAUAAAUAUUCAGACCAAGUCCGAAUGUAUAAAAAUAUGACAAGGUGACUCGUGCAGCGAAGCACGUGAAAUUAUCAGGUGUCUGUUAACUGUAUAGUCGAUUGACUGAAUCGAAACAACACUAUGACAUCAAUCAAAAGUCAGGCGAGAGCCGAUGCAGCUAUGCCAGAAGAGUCGAUAGACGUUGGAAAUGCGGAGGAAAUUGAUGGAAAUCAACGAUGCGAAUCACCAAAGCGUGGUACAACUUUAUCGACGAGUACGAGCAGCUUUGAGGCCUUGGAUCCUCACGAUCCUAACCUGAGUCGUUUGGCUAAUACCAUGUUUCAAAAGACAGGUGAAUACCUCCAAGAAGAACUGACCUCGACUCAUGCUGACUACCGCUUACUUGAGCGUUUGAACAAAGAAGCAAUCGGAAAGUAUGCCGAAUUGAAAACAAUAUCUUCCAACGUUUCCCACGCCCUGGUAGCACUCAACUCCAAAUACAAGAAACUUCAGCCAGUGCUCGAUAAUAUCAAUGAGAUUGAUGACAGCGUUACAAAAUUAGAGCAAGCAGCUUAUAAGCUUGCAGCUUAUUCCAAGCGAUUAGAAACAAAAUUCAAGGAUCUUGAAAAGGAAAGCAAGGCCAAAUGAGAGUACUCAAUCUUAUAUUGUCCAGUGAUUGGAUGUUCAAUGACAAUCUGACAUAAUCCGAAUCUGUAAUACAAGAUUGAAGCAAAGAAUAUUUAUUCUUACUUCUCCUGUAGGGUUUUGGAACCUCUAUAUUUCUAUUGA